AACUUGAUCACCAUUGUUGGGCUGAAGCCAGAGACCACGUAUGAGGUCAAGAUAUCAGCCAUCAACGGCAAGGGUGAAGGAGAGAGCAGCCCCCCUGAGAGCUUUAAAACCCAACCUGUCCCGUCUUCAGAGACUCCAACUUCCAUCCCUCCAACCACUGCCGACCUUAAAGGGGAACCUAAUCCUCCUAAACUGGAGGCUAAGCCACUGUCCACAGACAACGAGAUGAAGGUCCACUGGAUCAAGCAGGACGAUGGGGGCUCUCCCAUCAAACACUAUCUAGUGCGCUACAAAGCUAAGAAUCGCCAGGACUGGAAGCCGGAGAUCCGCCUGCCCAACGGCAGCGAGUACGUUGUUCUGCGAGGUCUGGAAUGGAACACGGAAUACGAGGUCUCCGUCAUUGCCGAAAACCAGCGAGGGCGAUCUGAACCCGGCACACUCUCCUUCAGAACCUUGCCAGAACCCACCGCCAUCCCAGAAACCAGCUCAGGGUUGGGCACCGGGGCUAUCGUGGGCAUCCUCAUUGUGGUCUUCAUCCUGCUCCUCUUCGGCGUGGACGUCACAUGUUACUUCCUCAACAAGUGCGGCCUCCUCAUGUGCAUCGCCGUCAACUUUUGCGGCAAGUCUGGGCCCUCUGCCAAAGGGAAGGAUAUCGAGGAGGGAAAAGCCGCUUUCACUAAGGAUGAAUCUAAAGAGCCCAUUGUGGAGGUAAGGACUGAGGAGGAACACACACCAAACCAUGAAGGAGGAGGACCCACCGAACCCAAUGAGACCACCCCUUUGACGGACCCUGAGCACGCUGCUGACAACACAGCAACAGUAGUGGACUUGCUUCCCUCUGUAACCACUAACUCAGACCCCGGCACUGACAGUCCUGCUAGCGAUAGCACCACCCUUACCUCAAGCACUGCCCCUGCGGCCCCUAAAGCUACCCCCCAAUCCAGCACCCCCAAACCUAGCGUCACCUCACCCACCUCCCCACAAGCUGCUCCUGCAGCCGUGGCCCCUCUGGUGGAUCUGAGCGAUAUGCCCUCCAACCAGACCUCAAAGUCCUUAGAUGCCCUCCAGCCAUCUGAUUCAACCCCUGCAGAUCUGGCUAAAGCCGAUGGCCAGAGCCCGGCUGAGCCGGCCAAUCCCCCCCAAAGUAAGGACUCUCAGGUACAGGGAGGAGCCCACCAGACCACAGAUAGUAGCCUUGCCAAGGAUGUGCUGGGCAAGCCCUCCAGGGACUCCUCCAGCGCACUGUCCGCACCCAACCAGGACGAUGGUAAAAUUGUUGUAGAUGACAAAAGUAAAGCACCAGACAUGGAGGUAAAGAAAAACCCGGCGGAGGUGAAGACAGUCCCUAAUGAAGCCCCCCAGAUGAACGGCAACGAGAGCAAAGCAUGAUCCGGAAUGGGCAGCGUACAACAGUCGCAGACAGACAGCACCACACCACAACCACAUCUCAAAUACAAGGGUUUCUUUCUUCAGUGUCUUUAAGUUCGCAGAACAAAACACGUCUGUAGAUAUAUAGAGCGCCUAAAGAGCUCGUGCAUAUGCCUUUUAUUUUGUACUUUUCGAUUGUUUUUACCAUUGAAACAUUUCUUUUUUUUCAUCAGUGCAAGAAGGAAAGAUUCUUCACCUCUAGCACAGUCUCCUUGACCUCUGUAAGUAAGAUCAGUGUCUUUCAAAUAGGCUUUUGAGGAAGUUCAUUAUGAGAAAAACAGUAAUCACCUUUUCGCCUUUCAUUCAUUCAGCCCACAGUGCUGUUUCAAUUAUGUCCCGUUUUAUUACAUGCAGUAUUGCCAUUGUUAUUGUCUGUCACAUUCAUUUUUUGGGGAACAUUUUUUAUGUUUUAUUUGUGUUUAAAUAAUGUACAAAAGCAACCGCCUUUUAUUUUAUUUUUAUUUUUUUCACAUUCUUUUUUUGAGAGUUAGCGAUAGAUUUUUAGCAUGCUUGCUUUGCAGAAUUAUUUUUCUAUAUGUCCUUUUUUUGUUUUAUCCCAGCCCUGAGUGUUUACAGCAUUUUGCUCCGAUAUCCCUCAUUAACAUAACGUUUGCUUCUCUAGCAAACCCGACUCAAACAGUUACGCAGGGUAGAGGUCUGAACUAGCUGUUAGGGUUAUACUGUGCAAAUCACCACUACUACUUUUUCCUUUUUUAUAUUACAACGCAUCCCAUUUCUCCUAAGCCUUAGAGUUUCUUCUUUACUUUAGGUGAUACUUGCUUAAAAACAUCCAGCAAGUUCUUUGAAAAAAAACAUUAGGAACAACCAGGAGCUCUCCUUGAGAAAAAUACAGUACAAGCGUUGCUGCUGCGUUACGUGCAGAUACAGCUGUUGCACUUGUGGCCUAACGAAAACAUCAGGCGCAUCUCGCAGGAUGUCCCAUAUGACGUCUGCCUGUUCCUCCAUUGGCUUUUGCCCAUUUAAUUGAUAAAUGUUGCAUUAAAAUGAAGCCGUGACCCUUUGAUACUAAUAAAAAUUCAAAUGCUUGUCAGGUUUUUUUUUGUCUUAAAUGGCCAAAUUAUUGUUUUACUUUUUAUUUAAGCCAUAGUACUCCGGUGUGGAUCGUAGCAUAAAAAUAUUGAGCCUGACUUUUUUUGUACAGUGUUUCUCAUUCUUUAGGCUGCAAGCUUGUGCACUGUGAAUGCGUGAAAACCCUAGUGUGAAUACAGUGUGUUCUUUGUACUAGAAUAAAACAAGCAAACAAUAAAGUUUCCAUAGGUUGUGAAAGCCGUAGCUGUUAGUUUAAAUGAUGUUCAUCAUGAUAAGAAUUUAAAAAAAAUAAAAAAAUUUAAAA